CCACUUUCACUAGUUCACCAUUUUACCCCCUUCUCUUCUCUCUUCUCCCCAACCUCCCUCUUCUUGUUUUUCUCCUUCUCUUCACAGCACCAAAAACCCUAAAACUAAACCUUGAUCUUCUCGCCCCGACCAGCUUUCUCUCUUGAUCCGAUCUGGCUCCGACUUCACCUCUCAUUUCACUCGUAAUUUACCACUUCAACUACUAGUGGCUGUGGACUCAAACGAGUUGGGUUCGAAAUGUACAAGAACCAGCUGCAAGAGCUGGCGCAGAGGAGCUGCUUCAAUCUCCCCUCCUAUACGUGCAUUCGGGAAGGUCCCGACCACGCGCCUAGAUUUAAAGCCACUGUUAACUUUAACGGCGAGAUCUUCGAGAGUCCUCACUACUGUUCUACUCUCCGCCAGGCCGAACACUCUGCCGCCGAAGUGGCUCUCAACUCCCUCUCCAACCGUGGGCCCUCCCCAUCCCUCGCCGCCAGGAUCCUGGAUGAGACAGGGGUUUACAAGAACCUCUUACAGGAAAUUGCACAAAGAGUUGGAGCACCAUUGCCACAAUACACAACAAUGAGGUCAGGCCUUGGACACCUACCCGUUUUUACAGGUAUGGUAGAAUUGGCUGGAAUAACAUUUACAGGAGAAUCUGCCAAGAACAAGAAGCAAGCAGAGAAGAAUGCUGCUAUGGCAGCUUGGACAUCUCUAAAACAAUUGGCAAAAGAAACAGCAAGUUCUUCGACUGAGCCAGAGAACAAUGAUGAGUUAGAACAGAUAACGAUAGCACGGGCCUUAUUAAAUUACCGGCUGAAGGAAAAGAUGGCCAUGGCAAACUCCACUGAUGCUUCCAUACCAUUUACAAAGAAAUUUCCUGUUCCGAGCCCUAGACCGACAAGUCCACAACCUCCACUUGCUACCACGUCAAGAAUCCUACCUUUAAUUUGCCCUAAGGCAGCUUCUCGACAUAGACCAACAUCCACAACAAUAAAUGAUAAACCUCUGCUGGCAGUACAUCCGUCAGCUACAGAAGGCCGAGGGGCUCGACCUCAAAGAUUCCCUGCAGCAGGAGCAGCUCCAUAUGUUCCCAUUCGGCAAUUUAGGACUUGUCAUGGUAUAGCCCCGCCAGUAACAGUGCGAACUGCUGUGCCUUGUUUCUCUGCACCUCCACUUCCGCCACCAUCUAUGCUUCCUCAUCAGGUGAUGCGAGCCCCACCUGUACGAAUUGCUCCAGCAGUCACUAUUAGGCAGGCUGUGCCUGUAUAUGCUGCUCCACCAGUUCGUAAAGAGGAUUCUAUGACUCCUCAAAAAGAAGAUCAUCCAACCACUAUUGUUUCCACCAUUCGAAAAGAAGAUCCUCCAAACGUUGCUUCUGCCAUUCAAAAGGAAGAUUUUCCAAGUGUUAUCGCUUCUCCCAUUCUUAAUGAAGACUCGCCAACCAUCAGUGCUCCUGCUGUGCUAGAUAGAACGCAAUGCCAAGUAGAGAAAAGAGAAAGCAAAAUCAUGAAAAAUCUGGAAGAAAUUGAAGCAGCACAAAGCUUGGGACAACUUAAAAUUUGAUAGCUUUUAGGGAUGAACAAUAGGAAAACAGUUCAGGGUUUUGUGUUGGGCUUAAGUUUGUUUUGUGAUCUUCUCUCAUCUUAUCAUAUAUGAGUGUCUUAUCUUCUUUCCUC